GGGGACGAAGAAGCAAAAGGGCGAUUGGCAAUCUUCUCUUCUCCGCUUUCAUUGCGCGGCGAUCCCUGUUUUUAGGGUUUCGAUCCGUCUCACCGCCCAUCUCGCCGGUUUGGCGAUCUCCCGAAGGCCUCACGCAUGAGCUGGUUUGAUAAGCUCCGCGGCCUCUCCGACCAGAGCCAGGACGGGCUCAUGAUCUUUCUCCUCCACCAUUCGAUUCCUAUACCUUCCAGUAAUCUUUUCUUGAAUCUCAUACGCUAUUAAGCGGCGGAGGGAGAUCGGUGACCGGUGGGUGCUUGCGCGCGGGGGAAUGGCGUCCAAGGGCUUCUCGAAUCGGAAAAAAUUGGGUCUUGGAGGUUUUCUAAUUUCUCAUAUUGAGAGACAACAAUCUUCUCCACCGUCAGUAAUUGUGAUUGGUGGAGGAAUUUCAGGGAUUGCAGCUGCUCGUGCAUUGUGCAAUGCUUCAUUUAAUGUUAUUCUGUUAGAAUCUCGUGAUCGUCUUGGUGGGCGGGUCCAUACUGACUAUUCUUUUGGUUGCCCUGUUGACAUGGGAGCAUCAUGGUUACACGGUGUUUGUAAUGAAAAUUCUCUUGCUCCAUUAAUUCGUUCUCUAGGCCUUAGGCUAUACCGUACAAGUGGUGAUAACUCUGUAUUGUAUGACCAUGAUUUGGAGAGUUAUGCACUUUUUGACAAAGAUGGGAACCAGGUUCCACAGCAGGUGGUGAUAAAGGUGGGAGAAACAUUUGAGAGAAUUCUCAAAGAGACAGAGAAAGUAAGAGAUGAAAAUAAUUCUGAUAUGUCUCUUUUGCAAGCUAUUUCCAUUGUUUUGGACAGAAAUCCAUAUCUAAGGCAAGAGGGCUUAGAAUAUGAAGUACUUCAGUGGUAUAUAUGUAGAAUGGAAGCAUGGUUUGCAGCUGAUGUGGACACCAUUUCACUGAAAAAUUGGGACCAGGAGCAUGUCCUUACUGGUGGUCAUGGACUUAUGGUGCAAGGUUACCAUCCUGUUAUUCAGGCUCUUGCAAAGAAUAUUGAUAUUCACUUGAAUCAUAGGGUGAAGAGGAUUGUACAACGUAACAAUAGAGUAAUAGUUACAGUGCAAAAUGGAAACACAUUUGUAGCUGAUGCUGCUAUUAUCACUGUUCCUCUUGGAGUUCUCAAAGCAAAUCUGAUAGAGUUCGAGCCUAAGCUUCCCGAAUGGAAACUCUCUGCAAUUUCUGAUCUCGGCGUGGGCAUCGAAAAUAAGAUUGCUCUUCGCUUUGACAAAGUAUUCUGGCCCAACGUGGAAGUGUUAGGUCUCGUGGCACAGACAUCUUAUGCCUGUGGUUAUUUCCUAAAUCUUCAUAAAGCUACAGGACAUCCUGUUCUUGUGUACAUGACUGCUGGAAGAUUUGCUUAUGAUAUAGAGAAACUUUCUGAUGAAGAAGCUGUUGACUUUGUGAUGUUGCAGUUGAGGAAGAUGAUACCAGACGCAACAGAUCCGAUUCAACAUUUGGUUUCACGUUGGGGCACUGAUCCAGAUUCUCUUGGGGCCUAUUCUUGCGAUUUAGUUGGGAAACCUGCCGAUCUGUAUGAGAGACUAUGUGAUCCCGUUGACAAUUUGUACUUUGCCGGUGAAGCUGCAAGCGCCGAUCACUCUGGGUCUGUCCAUGGAGCCUACACCUCUGGAAUAAUGGCUGCUGAAGUUUGCAGAAGGCGUCUAUCGGUGCAGCAUGGCGUAGCAGAUCUCUUACAGCUGGUAAUGAGGGAGGAUUUUACAGAAGUCAUGGUUCCUCUUCAAAUUUCUAGGAUGUAAAACAAAUUUUCCUUGAAACUCCGCCCCCUUUUCAGAUACCUUAGCAUGCAGUAAAAUGCACUGGAAGCUUAUGACUAUUUCUAUGUUGUAACUGCUGUGAUGAACAGUAUGUCAUUUAUCACAACUUGUGUGCUAUUUAAUCUCUGUCCAUUUCUUUUA